UUAUUUUCCUCUUAUGCUCUGUUUCUGAUCCUCUGUUUUCUCCGGUGAAAAGCUUGAGAAUUCUUAGUCCGGCAGCCAUGAAUAUCCUUCACACCUUUCUGAAUUUAGUCGCUCCACCCUUUACUUUCAUUUCCCUCUUCCUUUUACUACCGCCUUAUCAAGCUUUCAAAUCAUUUCUCUCUUUGAUUGGUUUUCUGUUCACGGAAAAUGUCGACGGAAAGGUGGUUCUUAUCACCGGCGCUUCCUCCGGCAUCGGCGAGCAUUUGGCGUAUGAGUAUGCGAAGAGAGGGGCUUGCUUAGUGCUUGUGGCUAGACGAGAGAAUCUACUGGAAGAAGUUGCAGACAUAGCUCGGUAUUAUGGAUCACCAGAUGUAAUCACCAUUCGAGCUGAUGUUUCGAAGUUUGAAGAUUGUCGGCGGGUUAUGAACGAGACGAUGAAUCAUUUUGGGAGAUUGGAUCAUUUGGUGAACAAUGCGGCGAUUACCCAUUUGGUGAUGUUUGAAGACAUUGCCGAUAUUGCUGCGUUCAGACAAAUAAUGGAUAUAAACUACUGGGGAGCAGUGUAUCUAACCCAUAUGGCAGUUCCUUAUCUGAGAUACAGCAGAGGGAAGAUCGUGGCGCUGUCAGCUCCUCCGGCGUGGAUGCCGGCGCCGAGAAUGAGCAUUUACAAUUCGAGCAAGGCGGCGAUUAAGACCAUGUUCGAGACACUGAGAGUGGAGCUGGCACCGGAGAUCGGUGUCACGAUCGUUACUCCUGGCUUCGUUGAAUCUGAGUUAACCAAAGGCAAAGCAUUGAACGCUCAAGGCAAAAUGGAGCUUCGUCAGGACAUGAGGGAUGCGUUGAUAGGGUUGGUACCAGUGGAGACGGCGGAGGCAUGCGCGAAGGCGGUGGUGAAGGGGAUAUGCAGGGGACAGAGGUACGUGACAGAGCCGUCGUGGUACGAUGUCCUGUAUUACUGGAAGGCGUUUUGCCCGGAGAUAGUGGAGUGGUGCUACCGGAUAUUGGCUAUGCCGGCGGCGGGAGCUUCGGAAUCGGACGCCCUGACCAAGCAGGCGCUUGAUUAUACGGGUGCUAAGUAUGUGAUGUAUCCGUCUUCCAUUCGCUCCGCCGGCGGUGGCAAGGCCGAUUAAUCCAUGUACAAUUUAUGAGCUUUUUUUUUUGUAUGUUUUUUUUGUUGGCGUUGGAAUAAUAUUGUAUUAAUUCUCUUC